UUUACGUGGUUUUUUGGUAAACAAAUAUCCUCUUAGUUCGACUAAAGGAAGUUUAGAUUCGGGGUCCUUUUGAGAAAACGCUUUGCCAAAGUAUUGUGUGUGUAAAUGCUUUUUCGACAACACCAAGUUGGUUUAAACAGAACUGAAUUUCAUUAAACACGGGUCAAUUACAAAGAAAUCACAUAUAUCAAAAUAACAUAAAAACUACAAGAGAUAAGGAUCUCGACAGGGAAAUGCAUAGAAGAACUGGGGAAUUAACAAGCUUAAAUGCAAGAAAACUAAAGUGUUGGUUCUGCAACAUACUCCUCCAUCAUCACGUUUUGCUCUCUGAGUCUCAUUGAUGCGGACGUUUAGAGCUUUUGGUGAAUUUUCAGAGUUUUGAGUUGGGAACCCCUCUUUCUGCUGCUGCUUCAUCUAUUUAUAGUGCUGUUCCUGCCCACGUUCUUGGCGGUUUUUCUUGGAUGCAUGAUGGCUUCGUGGGUUUUGAAUUUUGGCGCCAUGCCCCACGUUUAGCCGGUGGUCUUCGCGCACGUGACUUUAUUACCGCGUGGAUGGUUCUGAGUCGUGGGCAACCGUUGCUAUUCGUGGCAUCGUGGGUAUAUGCACGUGCUUGUAGUUGCUUGUUACUCGGUAACUGCCUCUUCCAUUAAGAUGGUCGAGAUUUCUUCAUCUGCUAAGUUUGUCGAGAUAUAGCUCUCACUAACUUGACUUUGAGGGACACCGUAUGCUGAGUUGCCGGUUUCGCCAUAACCCUUGUUGUCGAGAACUCACCUUUGCACCAUGGUGUCGAGAGUCGUGGUGCUCGUAAUUUUAGCUUAACAGUUGCCCCCCAAGAAUGUUGGUUGCCGACUGCUUUGGCUUGAAGACACCAAGCAUUUUUUAACGCAGCCGUUCGAUUCCAACGAUUCAAAUACUUUGUGCUCUUGACCAUUCGAUCUUCAAGUCCAAUCAGCAGCCAUAACGUCUGAUGACUUCUCCACUAGCUGACAGUUAUAGCCUUUUUAGGGCCAUGAUUUCGCCUAUGCCAAAAAGCUGAGAAGUGACAUGAGUUAACUAAUAAAAUAAUCGCUUGGACCCCAAAUUUUUAUAAAUUACCGCUCAAUGCGGCCUGGGUUCCGUUUGCCCUUCUGUUUAUAAAUACCCUCUUGGUAUUCCUCGUUCAAGCUUUACACUUUUCUCAAACCUUCAGCUUCUUCCCCCAGCGUUCUCACUUCAUCUUCUUCCGUUCUCUCUGGAAUAUCUACCGUUUUCUUCAAUGGCUUCCAAUCCUGAGCAGACCAUUCCGCUGGCCACUGAGCUUAAGCUGGAUGAAUCCAAGCGCGUGGCAAUCCCGGAACCCCCCAACGAAGCGGAGAAGAGAGCUAUCUGGAAAUCCCAGGUACUCAUUCCUUUCUCUGUUAAUGGUACUUUACGCGCCAUUUUGGGUCCUUUGAAAGUAGUAAAGCAUGAUAGGCCCAAUAGUCUCCCUGAAGACCAUGAAUCAUUUCACCCUAGCGUUAGGGGAGAGGAGCUUAUUUUGGCAUUUCAACCUUCUUACCGUAUGCCAUUUCUUUCUGACCCAAAACGAGCCUUUCGUUCAGCUCCUCCUAACCCCUCUGCUAACGACAAAGCCUACCUGAAAUGGUUAGAUAGGGUUGAGGAAGAUAAGAGGCAACACUGGAAGGAUGUCGGGAUUCUCGACUUGAUUCAGCUGUCGAGAUCUCCAAUCUCGUAUAACCCUGCUAUGUUGUUGAGUGCACUUUAUUUCUGGGAGAGGUCCACAACCUGCCUUCAUGUUCCCUUUGGCAUGAUCACCCCCAGCCUCUUGGAUGUUGCUGCUAUCACCGGAUUAUGGCCCAUUGGUGAUGAUUAUCACUCUGCACCUGCCACUGUUAAACCCAUCUCGAUUCCUACUGACAACAUUUCUUUUAGUCGAUUCAUUAAGGACCAUUAUGUCGAGAGUGGUGAGGUGUCUGAUGCUGAACAUGUCGCUUUCUUGCUGUAUUGGCUGUCUGCUUAUGUUUUUUGCACCAAGUCUUUGCGUAUUCCUGCCAAGCUUUUGCCCUUAGCCAAUCUACUUCACGAGGGUCGACAACUCGCUAUGGCUAGGCUUGUCCUUGGCAACCUUUAUCAAAUGUUGAAUGAAGCUGUCGAGGAUAUCCGGAAUACCAAGACCGUCUCUCUGAAUGCAGCUGGACCUCUUUGGUUGUUUCAACUUUGGUUGAAUGCAGUUUUCGAAUCUCUUCUGCCGGCACAAGAUAAUCCUCCAACUGUUUCUAACACCAAGAUUGAUGCCCACAUACUCGAGACCCUGACCCCUGCUUAUGAUGCGUCGAGUUUUGAAGCUGAUUUCAGAAAGUACUUUACCAUGUUUCUCGAGCUGAAGCACUAUCGUUCCAGUUUCUCUCCUUACAGCAAGGCUGUUCGUGGCCCUUUCUGGCUAAGGAAUUCUUAUCCUAAUGCUUCUGAUUCUGCAUUGCCCAAGGAGCACCACAUCACACUCUGGAGGACCCUCUUAUCUCCUAGGGUUUUAACUGUGGGCUUUGCUAGCAGUGACUAUACUCUAUGUGGCUACAACCCUCAAUUGGUUUCUCGACAGUUUGGGCUUAGCCAAGUUCUACCCAACACUUUAUUUGACAAGAGUCUAGUCUUGUACCCCGGAGCUAUUAAAAGGGCUUCUGCUUUCGACACGACUGUUCAGUUUUAUAACAAGAAACUCCUCAACUUAAGCCCCUUCACUUACGCUCCUUCAUAUUAUGCUACUAAUGCUUUCAAAGCCUGGUGGUCUGAGUAUUGGGCUCAAAUUUCGAAGCCCCUCGUCGAUUGUCUGCAAUGCAUGACAGAUGCUUUUCUUUUGCAGAAGCAGGAUCCGAAGAAGACCAAAGGUAUGCACCUGGCAGAAAUUCGAUCUUUUCAAGAAUUCUUUGGUGUGGUAUAUUACCCAACUCUUCGCCUUCGAGAUACGGUUGCGAAAGCAUCUCAAGUAUUAAGGCAAAAAUGGGAAAUUAAAGCCAAGAAAUCUAAGUUAGUUGUUCCUCCUGGUGAGGAGGGUCUAUCUUUUGUUAUUCGAAAAACUGGCUUUAGGUUCCCAUCUUUGCCUACGAGUAGGUUUGCAUUGGCCUUUCCACCGGUCUUGCCUAAAUGGGUUGACCAUGUAAACAUAAAUGUGUUGGCCAAUCAAGCUUUACCUCCUCGAAAGCGAGUGACUUGGACUAAGUACCACCUAUGGAACUUUCCGUAUCAUGUGCCCGUCGAAAUCUUCAACCACAUAUCGCUGAACAUGCGUAUUGGUCAAGGUAAUACUUCGACUUGGCCUUGGUUUUCCUUGUUUUACUUCUUAAUUUCUCUUUUGUUUACAGCCGAAGUCAUUACUCGACUGGCUCCUCAAGUUAUUUCCCCGGUGGCUCAUUCUUCCAAGGACAAGCCAGUCGUGAUUGAGGAUGAUGAUGAUGAUGAUGAGGAUGAUGAUGUCAGUCUUGCUGACAAGCUCAAGAGUCGAAAAAGGAAACCCAAGCCUGUUGCUUCAGCCAGUCAGAAGAGGGCCAAGGGGGCUGGUGUUUCCACCCCUAGUGGGGUUUAUAAGUUGGCAUCUGAUGCUCAACCAGAAGUCGUUGACGCCGCCAUUCAGGCUAGCGUCCAUGAGCAUUCCACUUCCAAUCUUCCAUCCCGUGAGACUUCUCCAGCUCCCAAUCCUGCAAAAUCCAAAGCUGAAGGUGUCGAGAAACCUCCCAAAGCCGCAUCCUCGGCUAAAAAGACUUCAACAUCCGAGGGAAGGAAGAAGGUCAGGAGCAAAUCUGGUCAUAAGUCUCCCCGUCGUUCCAGAAGCUCUACCAACUCGAGCCCUUCUAAGGAAUCUGCUUGCCAGGUAUCUUUAUAUUUUUCAUGUUUUGUUGGCUCCUCUAAUAUGCAUUUUACUUUGCAGGAAACUCAAGGUGCAACCUCUCCCAUUCGCGAAGCAGAACCUCUUCCAGGCAAGGAUGAUAACCCUAUGCCUCCUCCAAAAUCGACUGCCACUGUGCAACCUUCGCCUCAAGCCAAGGGUGGCUCUUCAUCUCAUGUGUCUAGUGAAAAGCUCGACACUUUAUUUGAGGAGGACCCGCUGGAAGCUUUGGAUGGCUUUCUCGAUGGCACCUUGGAAUGGGAUUCUCCACCCCAUCAAGCUGAUGCCACUGCCGAGACUGCUCAAUCUAGUGGGGUGGCCAAUUUUCAGCAAAGCGAGGAGAGUAUGGGUCGGCUGAAGGCUAUUGUUUUCGCCAGUGGGUUUCUCGACCAGAUCCAAGUUGAUCCUCAAGCGGGCCAUGCUGCUAAGGAACUGCUCGUCUUCCUUCUUGGCCAAAGACUUGAUUCUCAUCAGGCUGCUGCUUUGGCCAACCUUCAAUCCUUCUUAGCGGAUGCUUCAGCCACGUUUCAUCAAGUUAAGGACGUUGGUCAAGCUGUCAGCCUUAAGGAAGCAAAAGUCUCUUCUGGUAAAGCUCAAGUUGCAGCAAUGAAAGAGGACUUCAAGAAAUUCACUGCUAGGAAGGUUUUAAUUGCAGAUGAAAUCUCUGAAGUCGACACUAAACUUGAGGAGCUGCAUCGAGAGGUUGCCAAGUUGGAGAAAAAGCGAGCUGAUUUGGUCGAGGAAGGCCCUGCUGUGAAGGCUCAGUUGGAUGUGCUUACUAAGGACUCCAAGGCUCUUAUCAUCUCGACAAAAGAUGUUAUCAAGGAGUUGGAGGUUGACCAGGCCGUGAAGAAGGAUCUCGAUGCCAAGAUUUCUACCUUCGCUGAUCGUUUGAACUCUUUUAAAUCCCUGCUUUAGGAUUCUCUCUUAUCAGUAUGUAAUGAUGGCAUUAUUUUAACCAUGGCUUUCGAUGCCAAUUUGUAUGUAAUAUUUCGACAAUGGUUUUGGCACGUAGGCCAUAUAAUUUGACGUUUAAUUUGCCAAGUCUUUUCAGUUUCCACUACGCAUUUAUUCUGACGGCUAUUCACUUAUUGUUGCACCGUUCAA